AUGCGACGCUUGUUUUCUCAGACGAGGGACGUGGAACAUCGCAAGGCUGCAGGUUUGCCACCGGUGGAUGAGAUGAAACGAUUUCGUAUUUUGGUAUGCUGCAUGUUUUGUAGUAUUUGUACGUCCAUUAUCUACGCUUUCGAUUUGUUUACAACAGACUUUUCGGAUCGUUUCCACCUAAGUGCGGGUGAUCAGUCAACGAUCAGCACGGUAGGACUUGUAUUCUGUUACUUCACUCUGCCAUAUGGAUUCUUGUUCGACUAUGCUGGUCCAUUUCCGCUGUUGGUAUUAAGCGCUCUUACUGGUGGAUUUGGUGCACUUUUCCUCGGUCUGACGUUCGAUGGAGAGAUUUCCGGAAAUGUGGUGAACAUAUCUGUUUUCUACGCUCUUCUGAACACUUGCAGCGGGCUCGCAGACACAGCGGCAAUUGUAACACUGGCAGAGACGUUUCCUCGCAAUCGAGGACCCGUCAUUGCCCUUGCCAAGGUGAUGACUAGUCUUGGAAGCUCCGUACUUGCCUCACUCAGCGUGAACAUCUUCAACAAUAUAUCUGCAUUCAUUUACUUCCUCAUGGUGUUCUCAGUCGUGGUGUCCUCUGUUGCAGCCUUUGUGAUGGUGCUUCCUCCAUACUUCAUCAAUGGAUGGCGACGUCGUGGGAAAACCGAUGAGCAGCUUGCUGUUCUGACAGCGCUGCAGCCUGCAUACCACCACAAGUUUGUUCCUGUCCGUCGUCUUGCCCUUGGAUACGUGAUUGCUGGGGCACUCUUGGUGUUCUUCACUGUCGUGUCACCGGUAGUGAGCUACACCGAGGUGUCACAUAAGUCCUCAAUCGCCAUUGGUAUAAUCACCAUUGCGCUUGUUUUGUGCUUCUUUUCUAUGAUACUGCCCAUACAGUGGCUAGGGGGCAUGGACGAACGCAGUGAUGAUGCUAAUGGUGACUUUUCUGCUGGAGAAAUUGACCUGAAACAGCUUGGCGCCAGUGGAGACGAGGUUUCUAACACUGUUGGCAAUACCACAACCACAACCCAACCGGACAAUGAGUUGACCUUCUUGGGAGAUGAAAUGACAGGGGUUAGAGUUGAUGAUGUUGACCCUGAGUUGCCGCAGGAUCCUCGUUACGGCGGUACUGUGUGGGAUAAUCUGAAGAAGCCUGAUAUCUGGUUCCUGCUCAUUACAUUCGUCUGCCAAAGUGGAUUGGGUGUUAUCGUGAUGUACAACGCCAGUACUAUUUCUGUGGCAAUUACAGGAGAGGAGCGCAGUCAGGGGACCUCUGCACUGUACACUGCGUUUCUCGGCGUGGGCAGCAGCCUUGGUCGUAUUGGUAUGGGUAUGUUUGAGGCCUAUGUACAGCAUCAACCCCCUGAUAACCGCCGCUUUCUGGUGACUCUGGCCUUGCCCUUGUCACCAUUAAUAGCUGUUAUAGCAGGAAUUUUACUGCUGACGCUUCCUGGCAAGCUUAUCCUUCUUCCAUACAUUCUUGUCUACUUUGAGGAGGGUGUGUUUGCUGCCGUGUCUGCGCUUAUCUUCCCAUGUCUCUACGAGGGCAACCACGGUGUAUAUUACAACAUCGGAUUUCUGACAACAGUGGUUUCUGUUAUUGGAUUCAACCGUCUCCUUUUUGGACUUACAGUGGACUCCAAACACGAUAGUUUGGGCUUUGGGCCAAAUGAGGAGUGUAAUGUGGCGGAGUGUGUGCGUCUUCCCAUCAUCGUUGCCACAGCUGUCGCUGCUGUUGCUACUCUGCUUUCCUUUAUUGUGCAUAUCCGUUACAGCAGGUUUGUGAAGCGUGAACGGAGCAAAGGUGCUCUGAGUGCUGGAGCUUCUGUUUCUUUCGACUGA